AUGGAGCUGGUCCCCUGGCACCUUCCUGCCCUGCCGCCGCUGCGGCUGCUGCUGCUGCUGCUGCUGCUGAGUCUGAGCCCCGGUCUUGCUCUAGUUCAGCCAGUAGAAGAAGGCAAGGAAGCCUGGGAUUAUGUGACGGUCCGGACAAAUGCGUCCAUGUUCUGGUGGCUUUACUAUGCCAGGAGUCCUUGCAAAAACUUCACCGAACUACCCCUGAUCAUGUGGCUUCAGGGGGGUCCAGGAGGUUCCAGCACUGGAUUUGGAAACUUUGAUGAGAUUGGACCCCUCGACGAGGAGCUCAAACCGAGGAAAACCACCUGGCUACAGUCAGCCAGCCUUCUAUUUGUGGAUAACCCAGUGGGCACUGGAUUUAGCUUUGUAAAUCACAGUGAUGCGUAUGCCCAAGAUCUUGACAUGGUGGCUUCUGACAUGAUGGUUCUCCUAAAAAGCUUUUUUAAUUCUCGGCCAGAGUUUGAGACUGUUCCAUUCUACAUUUUCUCAGAAUCCUAUGGAGGGAAGAUGGCUGCUGGGAUUUCUCGAGAGCUUUAUAAGGCUAUCCAAAAUGGGCAUAUAAAAUGCAAAUUCUCUGGCGUUGCUCUGGGUGAUUCCUGGAUUUCUCCUAUAGAUUCUGUGCUUUCCUGGGGACCUUAUCUAUAUAGCAUGUCUCUUCUGGAUGACAAAAGUCUAUCAGAGGUGUCAAAAGUUGCAGAGAAAAUUAUAGAAGCUAUGAAUAUGGGACUCUAUGAUUGGGCUACCGAGCUGUGGGGAAAAGCAGAAAUGCUUGUGGAGCAGGAUACAGAUGGAGUGAACUUUUACAACAUUUUAACUAAAAGUCCUCCUGAGUCAACAGUGAAGGCUAGCCUAGAAUUCACACAGCGUCAUCUAGCUGACCUUUAUCACCGCCACGUGAGAAAACUACACCAGGAUAAGUUAAGUGCACUUAUGAAUGGACCCAUCAGAAAGAAGCUCAAAAUCAUUCCAGAUUUCGUCACCUGGGGAGGGCUCAGUGCUGCAAGCUAUUUUGCUCUGGAUCUAGGUUUUCACCACAGUGCAGGAUUGAAAGGGCCUAUUGCUAUGGACUUCUGGGCCCCAUUGCAGGUUCCAUCAGACCAAGGGGAAAUGGCCCUGAAAAUGAUGAGGAUGGUGACUGGACAAGAAGAGAGCUGAGAUGAAAGUCAGCUGGCCUGGUCUCUACAGAAGCUCAGCACAAUUUCAAGGUCACUGACAGUGUCAAAGAUACAUUGUUCAGUUGGACAAAGAAUGACCACUGAGAUGCUGGGACUUUUAAAGAACAAAAAGUGAACUCUUUAUGAUCAGUGAAACUUUGAGUCAAUGUACAGUUCUUCUUACAUUGUGCAUUUUGCUGUGACAGAAGGCCUCUUCUCAAAGGGCCUAUGGUUUGGGGUUUGGGAUUUUGUUUGGUUUUUGGGCCUUUGUGGGAAUUAUAAAUCCCCUCUUCUGGGAAUGCCUAUGACCUUUUUUGUGAACAAGUUUUCACCAGGAUGAGCUUCCAAGUGCUUUUAUGCUUCUCUUUAACGUAGCCAAUCCUAGAAUUGUUACUUGACAUCUUUAGUUAGAAGAAUCCAAAUUUCUUCCACGUUCACUUUGUCUGAUAAAAUGAAUAUGGAAAAAAUUUGGAGUCAACUUUUUAGUACCGAACCCUCCCGAGGCUUUUGUUUACACUUUUUAAAAAAUCAGCUGGUACUGGUUGCAUGUACUCACAGACUUGCAAUCCAAUAAGCAUUUAUUAAGUGCCUACUCUAUGCAAACCACUAUCUGAUGCUAGCAAAUUGCCUACAAGGCCCUGAAGAAAGAGAGCAGGCUCUCGACUUCCUCUUGUAUGUUUUAGAGAGUUUUAAUUCUGACACCAGUGAACCAUCAUCAGACUGAGAUUCAGCCUCUCUUGCUACCUCCUCCUGCCUGUCUAUCCUCUGACUCAUCAGGGAUGAUAGCACUCAUAAUUGGAAAAUACCCAUGACCCUCAUCAGAUCUAACUCUUUAUAUGCUGAUCAUUAAAAAUAAAAAUGUUUCCUCGUUUCACUAUCUUGGUUUUUUCUUUAACACUAGCCUAUUUUCAGGUUCCCUGGCAGAUGUAAGUCUGAUGUCUUAUUUCAUAGUUUAGAGUGGUAAUAACACUGGGAAUGAUAGAAAGAGGGCAGGCUUGCCAUUCCUAAAUGGGACUGCAGAAAUGUGGAUUGACAUGUCUAUGUCAUUGUCUUUCCCGUCAAACCUCUGUCCUCCAAACUUCCCUAUUUAUGUUGAGACCAUCACCAUCCAGUUUCCUGGUUCAUAAUCUCAGUGUUCUCCUUGACCACUUACUCUCAUUCAACCCCAAGAUCCAUUCAGUUGCCAAAUCUUGUUUUUUCUGCCUCUGGGGAAGUCUCUCACAUCUAUUCUGUUGUCCACUUCUCUCCAGUCACUAUUUUACUUAAUUGUAAUUGUCUUGUUAAAUCCCAUGCUGGAAAAAAAAAGUAAUAAAUUGAUGGUUAUGAGAAA